GCUAGUCCAAGAUACCCUCAAAAGUAUCCUCCCAAUUAUGUGGUGUCAUGGACCAUUGAUGGAGGGGAGGAAGUCGUGACCUUUAGGUUUGAUCUGCUUUUAUAAGGCUUUUGCCAGACAUCAAUCCUCUCAUUUUAAAAAGUUGAUUUAUUUGUUUGCAAAUGCACAAGAGUGGUUUACCUAAUCUACAUGGUGCCCCCAACCCCCCAGCCCCCCCCCCCUUAAAAAAGGCCAACUGAAAUUGUCAUUAUAAUGACGUCAUAUAGUUAUAAUGGAACAUAAGUAUAUUAGUAAAUUUAUACAGUUAACAAAUUUUGAUGUUAUUAUAUUGAAUUGUAAGAGGUGUCAUCAUUUUUUUCUGAGCCACCCUGUAUAAACAACACUAAGUCGAGAUUAAUGCUAUAAUCGAGUGAAACAAACGUGAAUACGGAACAUAUUACAACAUAUUCGUUAUUUGGUGUUCGUGAAAUGAAGAAUACAAAAUUGCCAUUAAUGAUACGUUUGUCAUAUUCGCCUCAGUUUUAACUAAUUACAUGACUCGAUAUCAUAUUAUGUUGUUAAGAUUUUUUAAAAUAGAAAUUAUCUGAUAUUGUGCAAAUAUUUCUUCUUAAUUCAGUAUACAGAAAAUGGAGAUGAAAGACAACGAAAAUGACUUUAUCACUGUUUACGAUGGUCCAAACACUCGCGCAUCAAACCGUGUGAGAUUUGGUCGAGAUAAGGGGCCCUUAAGUUUUACGUCGACAUCAAACUUCCUCCACAUCGUGUUUCAGUCUGACGGGUCAUUUGAGUUUCCUGGCUUCUACGCCUCUUUCAAAGUCAAAGGUUUGUAUACAACACAAUGUCGUAAUCAUAUAAGAAAUAUAUAAUACGUUCUGUAAGUUUACAUUGUAUCUGUGGAAAUACUGAAUCAAUGCAACCAUAGAUUUGUUUUUGUGAUUGUUCGUCCUACGCAGGUAAAGAUGACCGUCGUUAGUACGCAGGUGGCCCGUCAGUUCUAUGUGUGACUUAAAAGCUUUCCCGCAUGUGGGACACACGUUGUUUUGGGUCCUAGUAGGAUUUGAGACGAUUUUUCUUUUUCUCUCCAUGUAAUGUCUUUGGGCGAGCUAUUAUUUUCCUUGACGGUGGGUCUGCCAUGCCGUGGUCCAUGGCAAGUGUCUUUCAAGGGUCAUUUAUUAAAUGCAUGUCUACUAUACAACGACUUAACAUAUGUUUACAUAUACAAAAAAACGUUGUUCGAUUGACAUAUGGAUCCAUGGAAGGCUAAGUAUUAAAGCACGUGAUAUCACUGAAUUUAAAUAUGUGUACUCUAGUUUUACAUCGGGUCUGAUACAUAUUUUUUUUCUUUUUUCUUUAACAAUUGAUGACCAAGGUUGUUAUAAUUAGCCAUUAGACAGAAAUAAAAAAAGUCGUAUGCAUAUCAGUUUUCCUUAUGUAAUUCAACCACUUCAAAUAUCGUCAUAUUGCCCACAGUGUUUAAUAUGUUUCCAUGCUGACAGCUGAGUUUAAACAAUUCAGAACUAUACAAAACAACUUGAUAUCACUUUGUUGUGCCAACAUUCCGGCAUACGUUUUGUAUAAAGCUACUUAGAAAGUUGCAUUUGGAGGGAUAUUCGUGUCUCAAGCAGAAGCUUUUGGUGGACCCCCUGCUCCAAGAGAAUUAACCUGCAGAAUAUCCAUUAAUUUUAGGGAGGGCACAUGCUGCUUGGCAGCCACCCACGUGAUGUUUUGCCUUCGUUUUGUUCCAGCCUGCUACCUCAAGAACCACAAAAGUUUAAAUUACUUUAAUUUAGAUGCUGCAUAGCAACGGGUGGAUUUCCUACUCCGGAUCACUGUGACCUCCCACGCCACCCCUGGGGUCGACCUGAUCCUCUGGUUUUGUCGACGAAGAUAGUGAGAUCUUCAUUGCCACAUUCUGUUUCGGUUUCCUCAGAGCUGUCGACCACUAGAUCUUAGCAGUGCUUAGUCCUAAGAUGGUACUGGUCACUCCUGACCCCUCCAUCAACAGCACAUUAGAAGUGCUGGAUAGUGACGUUGUCGAUACUGCUCCGUAGCAGAAUCACCUUCAAUGGGGGAUGGCUUUGUGGGCAUCGAUAACUCCUAUGAUCCUUAAGUGGAAGCUGUAAUCAUAUGCCAUAAUCCUUGCCCCUAAUCAUCUUUGCCCCACUCAUUUCACGACAAUAUCAGUGUGAUAAGGUGUCUACAGGUCAGUUGCACACCUGGGCUUCAUAGUCACCCACCCAACAUGGCAAGUGGAGGGUUCGUUUUGCAUGAGUUGGUGGCUUCCAUUCUUGGCAGACCACUGCUUUGGCUCUAUAAUUAUCUGCCAUUCAGUCUCCAAUCGAUGCAAUUCUUCUAGCAACGUGUUAAACGUUAUCAAUGUUGUGCUGUUGUUGUUGUUGUGCUGUUGUUUUUGCUGUUUUGUUGUUUUGAUAUCUAAUUGAUUUCGUGCAUUUUUUUUUAAAAAUACGUUCAUGUUUAUUGACUCCAGGCCGUGCUGAAGGCAAGAGCUGUAAUGUGACUCAUGUUUGCCUGGAAAAUAUGUCUUGUAUCAAUGGCCACUGCAGCUGUGGGCAAGGGCAGUUUUAUAACACUUCGUCCAGUCUUUGUAUCCCAGGUAAUAUGUCAGUUUCUUUGUAG